AUGAUCUUUGCCGCUCUCCAGCUACAGGAGAAGUCCCAUGAGAUGCAAACCCACCUCCACACUAACUUCUUGGCCCUAGCGAAAGCCUUUGAUCGGGUGAACAGACAAGGACUGUGGAAAAUCAUGCAGAAAUUUGACUGCCCUGAGCGCUUCACGAGCAUGGUAUGUCAGCUCCACGACGGUAUGAUAGCGUACGUCACGGACAACGGCGCAGUCUCCGAGGCAUUCGCAGUGACCAAUGCAGUGAAGCAGGACUCCGUCCUCGCGCCCACCCUCUUCAGCUUCAAGCUCUCUGCUCUGCUGGUGGACGCCUACUGUGAUGAGCGUCCUGGAAUACGCAUUGCGCAUAGAAUUGACGGGCGGCACCUCAACAGCAAGCACAAGCAGGCCCAGCGCGGCCAGCUGCGACCACGGCGCACGACCUGCUCUCCGCCGACGACUGCGCACUUCACACCACGACCGAAGAAGACAUGCGACGGAACAUGGAUCUCUUCGCCUCCGGCUGUUCUCAUUUCGGAUUGGCCAUCAAUACGGGCAAAACGGUGGUCAUGCAUCAACCGCCACCGGACGCUGAAUUAA